UCAAAUCAAUCUCUUAUCAAUCGUCCAAAAUCCUUCAUUUGUAAUUCUCUGUGUUAUUCUAAUAAAACGAAUGUUUAAUUAUCGUAACAAAUAGUGCGAUUUACUUUAAAAUAUACUGUUUAAUAUAAUAAUGUCAGGUAGUAGAAGAGAUAGAUCUCGUUCCCCGUCACGAGAUAAUACGGCCCGCCGCAGAGACAAGCACCAGGAAUUAAAUAAAUCUGAUAUGUCUAGUGUAAUGAAUCAGAUGAUGAUCACAAAUAUGUAUUCGCAAGGAAACAUGCUUUUGGGUGGUGGAAUGUAUGGAAAUAUGAUUAUGCCGAAUGCCAUUAUGGCUGGAGGAAUGAUGCAGCCAGCGCCAAUGGAAAUAAUGACCGGUACUGGAUUGGAAAUGAUUCCUCAGCCGACCAUGGACAUGUCAGUUAUUGGAAAUCAAGGUUUAGGAACAAGUGGAACACCAAUAGACAUGAAUAUGAUGAAUAUGGGAAGUGUCAUGGUGGAUCCCUCUAUACUUCCUAUGUACACAAAUAUAAAUACAGAAGUGGCGCAAGAGAAGAAGGAAAUAGUAUUAAAACAUUGUAAAUUGACUCCACCUGUACCGGGUACCCCUCAACCACCAAGAAGAGAACGUCCUCUUGGCUGCCGUACAAUUUUUGUUGGUGGAUUACCUGACAAAAUACGUGAAAGUGUGCUGAGAGAAAUAUUUGAACCUUAUGGUAGAAUACAGAUUUUGAGAUUAUCUAAGAAAAACUUUUGUCAUAUUCGCUUUGAUAGGGAAAGUUGUGUGGAUGCGGCUAUGGCAAUUUCAGGAUAUAAAGUUAAAUUAACAUCCAGAGAUAAGGACAAAGAUGAUAAAGAUAGUGAUCAAGAUGAUGAACAUUCUCAUGCAACUAAUGGUUGGUUACAUGUAGACUAUGCCUUGAGCAGAGAUGAUCAAAACGAAUAUGAGAGGAGACAAAGACAAGCAGUUCGUGCACAACAAGCACAAAUGCAGCAACUCACGUCAAAUCCUGAAGCUAAUCGAGCAAUGAGUUAUAAGAGAUCACCAUCACCUAUUAGGAUUCAAUCAUUUACAAAUGCAGCCAUUGUCCAGCUGUCAGAGAAAAUCAAGAGCGAGGAAUACUUUUCUACUUCACUUCCGACCCUCAUAGCAUGGUUGGAAAGAGGAGAAUGUUCAAAGAAGUAUUCAAAUCAAUUCUACACAAUGAUACAAGCUACGAAUUCACACAUCCGUAGAUUGUACAGUGAGAAGAUACAAUCUGAAGAGGAAUUACAAGAAUGUAAGGAGAGAACAAAGAGGAACAUACAGAACAUUAUUGAUCAACUCGAACAGGUGGCGAAAGUGUUCUCAGCGGCAACUCAUCAGCGUGUCUGGGACCAUUUCACAAAACCUCAGAGAAAAAACAUUGAAACAUGGCAAAAAAUGACACAGGAGUUCAAUAACUUGAAAGAGGAAUUCAAUGAGAAGUUCCAGACUGAAGAAAUGGAGUACAAUGGCAUGUGCUACAAUAGGAUCUCAGACAAUAAUAGUGAGGAAAUUCAAGAGUUAAAGAGAGAAAAUGAAAGUCUUCAAUUCCAACUAGAAGCUUAUAAAAAUGAAGUUGAUGUUAUAAAGAUGGACGCUCAAAAAGAAAUGGAGAAGUUCAAGGCUCAGUUCAUAGCGAGACAAGCUCUGCAGAAUGCUAUGGACAUCGCCGAUCAGCCACCGUUACCAGCUCCGAUAAUAAAGCCGCCGCCGCCGCCAUCUUUGCCGGACGAUGGUGACACUAAAGUUAAUUUAAAAGAAGGUAUAGAAGCGGGCUGCGGUGAAGCUAAGCUAAUUGGAGUUAUGUCUGCAUUUUUACAGGUACAUCCACAAGGUGCCAGUUUGGAUUACGUAGUGUCGUACGUCCGCGCGCUGUUCCCCGAAGUGUCGCAAGCCUCAGUACAUCAUGUGCUGCAGAAACAUGAAGACGUCUUCCAGCGCACCACCAGCGGUGUGGGCGCUAAUAUAGAACAUAGAUGGUCUUUCGUCGCCUUCAAAUGCAAUAAGUGAAGAAAAAAAAAGUCAACGAAAAAUAUAUAGCAGUUAGUAUGUAUAUAAAAAUGAACUUUAGGCAUACUACGUUAUUGCAGUAAAAGAGAUUAAAGUAGA